GCUCGGGGAGGGAGGGGGCGCGAGCGCCCGAGUAGGAGCCGCUCCUCCCGGCGCCCCCUCCUCCCGCGUCGCGCAGCCUAUCCCGGCUGGGCCGCGCCGGGCUCGGCCGGGCGCCGCGCGGCUCCGCUCCCUCCUGUUGGGCGGGGAGGGCGGCCGGAGCAAGGGGGAGGGGAGCCGCAAGGACAUGGGCUGGCUCUGAGGGCCGGGGGAGGGAAGCCGACGUGCGUGUGCCUCCCUGUAUUUUAAUAACUGUUUGUUGUCGGGUGGUGUGGGGUUUUAUUUUUUUUCGCCUACGGCGGAGGGGGGAGCAGCCGCCCCCCGCCCCAGCGCGCCUGCAUGGCUCCUCUCCCCCAGAGCGCCCCUGGAAAAUAAAACCCGCCUCGGGCCAGGUGACAUACCCCCGCCUCCGAGCUCUCUCACACACACACACGCACAUACACACACGGGGAGCGGCAGGGGCGGGGGAGCACCCGCCUGCGAGACCAUGGAGGGACCCUCGGGCCCGGCGGAGGAGGGGGAGCUGCCGCUCCUCACCGUCAAGCACGAGCUGAGGAACGCAAAUUUGACAGGCCAUGCAGAGAAAGUUGGCAUUGAAAACUUUGAACUCCUGAAGGUUCUUGGAACAGGGGGGACUCAUGCACAGGCCUGUACACAGACCAAAACCUAUGGAAAAGUGUUCCUAGUAAGGAAAGUAAGUGGCCACGAUGCUGGAAAACUAUAUGCGAUGAAAGUACUGAAGAAAGCAACAAUAGUUCAAAAAGCCAAAACAACUGAGCACACAAGAACAGAACGACAAGUGUUGGAGCACAUUAGGCAAUCACCGUUUUUGGUCACGUUACAUUAUGCCUUCCAGACAGAUACAAAGCUUCAUCUCAUUUUAGACUAUAUAAAUGGAGGAGAAUUGUUUACUCACCUUUCACAACGAGAGAGAUUCUCAGAAAAUGAGGUGCAGAUUUACAUUGGGGAAAUUGUUUUGGCACUUGAACAUCUCCACAAGCUGGGAAUUAUAUAUCGGGAUAUAAAACUUGAGAAUAUUCUCCUUGAUUCUGAUGGCCACGUGGUGCUGACAGACUUUGGUCUGAGUAAGGAGUUUCUUACUGAUGAGAAUGAGAGAGCAUAUUCCUUCUGUGGAACAAUAGAAUACAUGGCUCCAGAUAUUGUAAGAGGAGGAGAUACAGGACAUGACAAGGCUGUUGAUUGGUGGAGUGUUGGUGUUCUUAUGUAUGAAUUAUUAACUGGAGCAUCACCAUUUACAGUUGAUGGAGAGAAGAAUUCUCAAGCAGAGAUUUCUAGGAGAAUAUUAAAAAGUGAGCCACCUUAUCCACAAGAAAUGAGUGCACUGUCAAAGGAUAUAAUUCAGCGUCUUUUGAUGAAAGACCCCAAGAAGAGGCUAGGUUGUGGUCCCACUGAUGCUGAUGAGAUCAAACAACAUCCCUUUUUCCAGAAUAUGAAUUGGGAUGAUUUAGCUGCCAAAAAAGUACCAGCUCCAUUUAAACCAGUAAUCAGAGACGAGUUGGAUGUCAGUAAUUUUGCAGAAGAGUUUACAGAAAUGGAUCCAACAUAUUCUCCUGCAGCAACCCCUCAGACUUCAGAAAGAAUAUUUCAGGGGUAUUCUUUUGUUGCACCAUCUAUUUUGUUUAAACGCAAUGCAGCUACAGUAGAUCCUCUUCAGUUUUAUAUUGGGGAUGAGCGGCCUGGAACUACAACUAUUGCCAGAAGUGCUAUGAUGAAGGACUCUCCAUUUUAUCAUCAUUAUGAACUGGAUCUGAAAGAGAAACCAUUGGGAGAAGGAAGUUUUUCCAUUUGUCGAAAGUGCUUACACAAGAAAACUAGCCAAGAGUAUGCAGUAAAAAUAAUCAGCAAAAGAAUGGAAGCCAACACCCAGAGAGAAAUAACAGCUCUGAAACUCUGCGAAGGACACCCGAAUGUAGUGAAGUUACAUGAAGUUUUUCAUGACCAGCUUCACACAUUUCUAGUAAUGGAGUUGCUGAAGGGAGGAGAAUUGCUUGAGCGUAUUCAGAAAAAGAAACAUUUCAGUGAGACUGAAGCCAGUCAUAUUAUGCGCAGACUUGUUUCAGCAGUGAGCCAUAUGCACGAUGUAGGAGUAGUCCAUAGAGAUCUGAAACCCGAGAAUUUAUUGUUUACAGAUGAAACUGAUAAUUCAGAAAUAAAAAUAAUUGACUUUGGCUUUGCUCGUUUAAAACCACCUGAUAAUCAGCCUCUUAAGACUCCAUGUUUUACUCUUCAUUAUGCUGCCCCAGAGCUCUUGAAUCACAAUGGUUAUGAUGAGUCCUGUGAUCUGUGGAGUUUGGGGGUCAUUUUGUAUACAAUGCUAUCAGGACAGGUACCAUUUCAGUCUCAAGACAAAAGUUUAACAUGUACCAGUGCAUUGGAAAUUAUGAAGAAAAUAAAAAAGGGAGAAUUUUCCUUUGAAGGAGAAGCUUGGAAAAAUGUUUCUGAAGAGGCUAAAGAGUUAAUUCAAGGACUUCUAACAGUGGAUCCAAACAAAAGAAUAAAAAUGUCCAGCCUGAGAUACAAUGAAUGGCUUCAGGAUGGGAGCCAGUUGUCAUCCAACCCUCUAAUGACUCCUGAUAACUUAGGCUCUUCAGGAGCUGCAGUGCACACAUAUGUCAAAGCUACUUUUCAUGCCUUUAACAAGUACAAAAGGGAAGGAUUUUGUCUCCAGAAUGUUGACAAGGCACCUCUUGCAAAGAGAAGGAAAAUGAAAAAAACAAGUACAAGCACAGAGACACGUAGCAGCUCCAGUGAAAGUUCACAUUCUUCUUCCUCUCAUUCUCAUGGUAAAACUACACCUACAAAGACACUGCAGCCAACAAACCCCACAGACAGCAAUAACCCAGAAACCAUCUUCCAGUUCUCUGAUUGAAAAGCAGAGAAUACCCUGUCUUGAAGAUCUAAGUGGUCAUAAACUUUGUAGUACCUAUAUUGUCUUCUCCCACCCAUCCUCCCUGUGGCUUGCAGGCUACAGGAACGUGUCUGUUGCUUUAAAAAUAUAUUUCAAUUAUACCUUUUUAGCUUUGUAUUUCGAUACAUUUCUUGUUAGCAUUAAGUUUGGUAUCACUGGAUAUGGUAUAAUACUAUUAUACAACCAACAUUGUAUUCUCUUAGGGCUAAAUUACUAUUGUGCAGUGAAGCUCACGGUCAGGAGCUAUGCUGCUCAUGGUACAGCUUGGAGGAAGACUGUUUCUCAGUGUCAAAUCUUCCUCCCAGUUUCUUCCCCAGUGUUCAAAGAAAGGAAAGCUCUGUAACAUGUAUAGAACUCUUGAAACUUCUGCUUUUACCCAGCUUUGUGAAGAAUGUCUUUGAUUCUUCAUGCAUGUAAAGAGCCAUUGGUACAAUGCACCAAAGCAGUAUAGUUCUUUAAGGCCUUUUAAAUUUGUGGUUACAUUCUAUCCCAUUUAUUUGAAUUUUAAGAGCAAAAUGAAGUUAUGGAACUAUUACAUUCUUUUAAGAAGUAAGUCCAUAUAUCUUGUUCUGAACAACUGGGAAUAUAAGUCUUGGUUGGUUGUUUGUUUGUUUGUUUUUGGUUGUUUUGGGUUUUUUUUUAUUUAAUUUUUUAGAAACAUCUAGGGUAAAAGAUGUCUGAUAAGGUGAGGUGUCUAGUACUGUGAUACAACAAUUUUUAUUUCUACUUUUUGAAGUUAUUAACUUUUAAAAUGUUUUACAGAUUCUAAAAUGUAAUGCUGUAAGAGAAAGUGAUAUUUCAUACUGAAUGCUUUGGAAAAUGGUCACAUGUUAAAAUAUCUAUUUCAAGAAUUAAUUAUAAUUUAUAUUUUCUUUUUAUAUUUACACAAUAACUUUAAAAUACUAAGAUUUUUUUAAAGAUGCAAAACUCAAGUCUCAGCAUUUGUUAUUCUAGGGGCCAUACAAAAUGUAUAACAAGUUAUUGAAUUUUGCAUUGUGCAAAUAUGGCAGUUUAAUAGUGACUGUAAAAUAUUAGAAUAUAUGUUUUUUGCACUUUAUGACAUUGAAAGGAGAUGUUUUAUAAUAAAGUGCACUCAGAUCUCUCUUCCUACAAGGUGCUGAGCACUGUUUUACUGGGUUGAAUGACCUGAAAUCCACCGUAUUCGGUGGUUGUGGUCAUUGUGAAGGAGAAUUCUGUACUUUGCAGGAGUGAAUCCCUGUAUAUUACCCACUGUUUUCAUUCCUUACUUUAAACUGCAAAGCUCUUUCUAUCUUGCUUUUACAUUGUAUAUAACAAAUACUAGACCUGGGCACCUUGUGUAGUGUAGAUGUUAACAACUUAUGCACUGGGAAUACUAAAGGGAAAUUAUAUUGAACACUGUGCUUCACAACUUGUUCACUGUGGUGUUCUACAGUGAAAUAUUUCCUACUGUGAUAGUAUAGUAUGUACAUAACUGUUUGGAAUCAUAAAUGUGACUUAGAGAAACAUCAGCAUAAACUUUUAAAUUGGUAUAUUUUAUAAAUUUAUGGAGAGCUCUUUUAUUGCUCAUAUUCUCAAUGAUUAGGGGUAACUUAAGUGCUAAAGAUGACUCCAGUUUUGCAAAUACUUACAUGUGUAAGUUUUUACUGAAGUCAGAGAGACUCCUUGAGUAAAGUUAAUCACAUGCCUAAAUUUGUGUGAUGGAAGACUAAUUGACUAGAGGAUUUUGUUAACAGCUUGCUCUAGCUUAAAGUAACCUUAAUCCAAACCCUAUGCAAAAAAUGGUUAUAGGAAUUGUUUAUAUCAGUGGUUUUAUUUAUAAAAUUAUAUCAGAUAUCAGUAUUUACAAAUACUAUACAUCCAUGUUUACAGGGAUUGUGUAUCAAAACAAGGCUUUGAAGCCCAACAUGUUUGUUCUGUGUUUCUUUAAUAUUAAUAAUGGCAUUCUGAGGUUUUGGAAUUGCUCAUGUGAAAUAGUUUACUACUUUCUUGAUGUGAAUGUCAACAGUAAUUGCAGCAUUAAUUUCAGGUUGAUGUGAAUAUUGAGAUUUGCACUGUUUAUGUAGAAGUAGUAUAUUUAAAGAUCAGUAUAUGUGCUAAUAACACAACCAGUUUUAAGUGGCCGAUGUUAAAAUAUUGAAAAACAAUUGUCAAUGUAAUAUAUUCAGAUUUGCUUUCUGGAUGCUCUCUUUGGAAGUAAUCUAAAUAGUGAACAUGGCUCAUUUGUAAAAGAAUACUUUUCCUCUCCCCAAUAAACUUGCUGUAAAUACAACAAACAAUCCACCAUUAAUACUUGGUAUGCAGACAGUACAAGUGAAUUGGGAGGUUGGAGAACAGGUUGCUUGUAAAGUUAGCACUUGAGGAGUUUACAGAAUUUGUUGUCUUCAGGAUGACGACAACAAAAUGAAAGGGUGUUUUUUCGGUUUGAUUUCAUUUAAGCAUAAGAAACUUUUGGAUACCAGGUGGAUUUAGAAUAUUGUGAUCCAGUUGAAAUAACUUCUUAAAGUUAGGAACCCAGUGCAGUUGUUUCACUGUUGCAAAAUUUUAACUGUUGCUUGGCAAACUGAUGAAACAAGCAAAAGAAUGCAUGCACAAGAUACUAAAUGCUACAGAUAAUGGCUGUAUUGUCAGAGGGUUUUUUCACACAGAUUUUGAGAGAUUUGUUGUAAGACUAGAAUUAUUAGAAUGCAUCACUUGUAUCAAAGACAACUUUUAUAGAUGAGUAUUUCUGUGUCCUCUUUGUGCUCUAACAGUAGUUACUAAAUAAAAAUUUAAAACCAGGGCAAUUCUUUUUGGCAGGGGUAAGUACAUUUAGGUGUCACCUUGCAUUUGCUUUGAACCAGUUACCUGGGGUAGCUGAAAUGUUUAUCACCUCCAACUUUCUGCUGCCUCCAGGUAACAGAGCUCUGGAGGUGUGUUUGACACUAAGCCGUCUGAAUUUUUAGGUUAACAUCUUUACGUAAGCAACUGCAUAAAGAGGUUUCCUUUUACAUUGAUAAAACUGUGUUGUGAACUAGGCAGCUCAAGAGCAGGUUCACUUUUUGUUCAGAUGAACAGUGUCCCUGCAGGAGACUAGUUACUCAUGAUGAAACAGUGUUGUCUCAGCUUACUCUGUUGUCCAGCCUGGCUGUCUGGGUCAUAUAAAGACCAUGGGCUAAUUUUUUCAUAAUCGUACCACUGUUUCAAAUCUGAGGUGCACAAGCCAAUCUUUCUUAGUACUAUAAAUACUUCAUGUUGUGUCAGUAAAGAGGUGUUAGACUGUGUAUUAGGUUUAUAUACUCAGAUUAGGUUUCCUUCACGCUGCUGCUAUGCAUUGAUCAACUUUAAUGUCUAGUACUGAUACCUCUCUACUGUGAGAAAUGUAAUGCAGGCCGCAAUAAUGUGGGCAGUUUGGUUGGAAAAAUCAAAUUUCUUAUCAGUAAAGAUUUAAAUAACUGGUUAUUUAUCUAAUCUUUAAAAUAAUAUUCUGUAAAGCUAUUUAUUCAUAAGACUUUCAGAAACAAAUGUUAGUAAUCGAGAGGUAAUUCUGCUAAAGGAUUUAGAGGAGGUUUAGAACAAAGGAAGUAACAUGACUGACUUACUGUUCCUCUGCCUUAGUGAAAUUUCCACACUUUUAUAUAAGGAAAAGCAGCUGAAAAAUUUAUUGUUUCUUAAUAGGAGGAUCAGUGUAUUUGGCAUAUGGGUUGUUUGCAGUUAUGAAAGAAACUUUAUUCAAUUGCCUUAUUAAACAGGUUUUUUGUGGUAACACAAAAAUACAGUAUUUCAUCACAAUGGAAUUGAGGCUUCAAGUUGGCAUUCCUUAUAUAUUUUCUCAGCGCUUUUCCAUGGCUACUUUUCUGAACAAGGUAGCAAUACCUGCACAGCCAUGUUCCCUAGCAUUCAUCCAGGAACAGAAUAGUUCUUGGCAGAAAAUACUCACAGGAUGAUGAUACAUGUUUAUUGGUAAAGUGUUGCACAGGUGUCUUGUAUUUUUAGUAUGUGCAUGUAUUAUGUGUAUGUAUAUAGAUACAUGCCCUAUUGCAUGUCUAGGCUAAAUUUAAAGUAAUACACAUUGUGUAAGAGAACCUGUACUUAAAAAUGAGUUCUUGACUCACAGAUUCAAAGGACCAGACAAGGGGACUACCACAGAAGAGGAAGAAGGUUAUGGGAAGUCAGAGAUGAGAGGCUUCUGGGAAGAUGUUUUCAGGGAUAAAUUUCUCCCCUCUCUAUCUCCAUGUGCGAGUGUCUACCCCAGCCAAAACCAGUACAGCAUGUAAUAUUUGCCGAUGCUGAAUUGCAAGCUUUCUUGCUGGUUACCCAACAUAAACACAUUUCCUAGCUCUGCAGGUCUGUGAGUAAGUGUGUGUGUGUCCAUCUACACACGUAUGUGUAUCUUUAUAUGUCCUUUUGGUCUUCGGGUGGAAUUUUUUAUUAUUUUUCAAGCAUUUUUCCAGGUGCUUUUACCAAUUUGGUGGUCCUCAUUCUUUCCUUGCAUAUAUGACAGUCUUUCUCAACACCAAUAGUUACAUUGCAAAACAUGACAUUUCCUUCCUUAAGUCCAUAUAGUUGACUGAAUAUUCUGGACUGAGAGACCAGGAAGUAACAUUUCUGCUGUUUCUGCUGUAAAAAGAUAAAAGUUCUUUAAUCUUUCUCUACCUGUGAGAAAUAUUUCUCAGUUUGCUCUUUUGACAUAGAGGGCCCUGGAUUCCAUGAAAAAUAAGAAAUGCAGAGCUGUUUGCUAGCUCUCGCCUGCCAUCCUUCUUCAAUAGAUUCUGGAUGUUCAGAAUACCUGUGUAGGAAAAAAAACCCAAACUUAGGAUGAUUCUAUGGUCUGCACUACUAAAUAAAGUGAUGCCUUCAAUUACAUAGACCAGCUGGAGCAGUCUUCUUGUUCGUGCCCAGAAGCAGCAAGAGCAGAGAAAUAUAAGACACUUGCAAUAAUGUAAAUUUGAAGAAAACCCAUUUAUUUUGACAGCCUUUGUGUUCUGUGUGAUAUGAGGGGUAGUCUGCAACUGCCUGGAAAUCCCUGGUAAGUGUUUAGGUAGGUGAGGUGGCACGGGCUGCUCUGACAGCUUCCCAUCACCUACAAGCCGUUCCAGGUCCUUUCUGCUGAUAGGUGCUCCGCCCUUUCCUUGGUUCUGGUGUUUGUAUCCACCUCUCAGCCAGCAGAGGUGGGGAAAUAAGUGUUCUAUUAACUUAGUUAAGGCAUUUUGAUUAACACUGGAUUAAUUUGAUUUCAUAGUUAAUCCAAAGUAAAAGUAGUAAUGAAGCAUUCAUGCAGAAGUCUGCUAACUUCCUUUGAAAUGCCAACAAAACAGAGAACUCUUCCUCAAUUGCUAUAUCCUUGCUGCUUUCAUGUUCAAGUGUUAGUACUGUUCUACUUGGACUGACAUGGUGAUACAUACUAUCUGUAUGCAGCCCUGGCAGGUCAUCUAGUUCAAUUUUAAAGGUGUCAGAUUUAAAGUAAAGCUGGAGAUCACCACCAAAGUGAGAACAGGCCUUUAAUCUUAACCUACAUCUGGAUGACAAAAUUGAAUAAAGGGUUGGCAUUGGCUUUCAACCUUUACAGUCUUAUCAGUAAGAUGCUACUUCAGCAAAUUUUGAUGCUUACAGAUAUCUUUGGUGUACCUGUAGAGGAGAACAAAAAAAACCAAACAGAAAACAGCAAAAUUGUUUCCUGUCAGAAAAAGCUGUCUUUUGCCAGAGUCCCAGGAGAAGAGAUCAUCCAUAAUUUCUACCUUUACCUCUGAGGCUGUACAGGCAAAUGAAUUGGUGACAGGUUCUGACAGCUGGUUACAAAGGAGCAGGCUGUGUUAAUUUGCAGUAAGUGGAACAGGGUGUCCUAUGUCUUGUACCUGUGUGGGCAGGGAGAGGGGGAGGGAGCAAAACGGGAAGAAGGGAGUGCUGAGUGCUUUGCCUCACCGAAAUGUACAGGGCAUUGCUUUCGAAGAAAUAGUGGUCUCCACAUAUAGCUUAAAAUCUUGAAGGAAAAAAACCAAACCAAAACAAAAAAACUCACAAAAAACAAAACCAAACAAAAAAACCCAAACAAAUAAAAAAACAACCCACAAAACAAAACAAAAAAACAAAAACAAAAAACCGCACAACCAGAUUAACCUAUUAACUUUUUUCUUCUGAGGGAAGUGGAGUCGUCUUCAACUGGUAAAGGCAGCAACAUGGACAUUGACUUCCUUAGCUCACUCUAAGCCAGUUAUCAACAGAUUACAGUGAAGUGUUCUUUCCAUCAACUAUGCACUUCUCUAAGAUUCUUGGACACAUUAACAAAGUGCAAAACUUUGUGACAGAAGUUUACCAAAAUCCAAGAUAAGCAAUUGCAAUGGUUUAUUUUACCCAAUAUCACGAUAUUCAGAAAAUGAAUGAGGAUAGGGUUCUGAUUUUGGAUCGUUUUGUGAAUUCACUGGUGAAAGAAGAACAAGAAAGCUGUUUUCUGGAAGACUGCUCAGAACUAACUGAAGAUUGAUUUGUGAAACCAGAAGUCACCUGAAUACUGUCUCUAGAGCUGUAAAAGCCUAACUCUGCUGGUCCAGAGGAUGGUAAGCCCAGCCUGUUGUUGGCCAGUCUUGUCAAAGCCACAGAUUUAUGAAAAUCUGUUGUUGGGGCUUCUGGCUUGGACGUGCUUCCCCAGCGGGGCAUGAACAGCAUUUGGCAAAUCAGGUUCUUUAGCUUUGUUGGCAUAACAGUAACGAAGGCUUUUAUCUUCAGUCAGACUGUUUUCUUCUUGAGGCCAUGGUGUUCAGAAAUAGGAAUUUUUUUUUUGUUGUUGGCCUAAAUUGUAUGGUUAACCACUGUAGUGGCUUCAAAGUUAAUGCAAAACAAUCUGGAGAAGUACAUCAUGUCAUUAUUAACAAGCCAACCUUGCUUUUCCUUAGAAGAGAUUCUUUCCAGAGCUGUACACAGCACUGAGCAGAGGCCUGGGUAUUCCCCUUGGAUAGCUUGUGGUCUGCGUGUUCAUGGUUUUCUGACUAUUGAAGUUGUGCUAGGAACUCUUCUCACAGAAGAAUUGAAAAAUAAGCUGAACAUCUGAAUGCUAAGCAGAUGAUAUUUGGGUGAAGGCAGUUUCGUUGGUAAUAACCAAAGAUGCUUAUUGGCUGUUGCAUUUUGCACAACUACUGUUGCAGUAGGGAGAAGUAUCUGAACAAGUCUCUAAGACAGACUGAUAGUAUUUGAGCUAUUGCAGAUCUCCAGGACUGUCAGGAGCUCAUUUUUGGAGAAAAAUGUGUGAAUAUGCCUAUAAGUUUUAAGUCCUAUGGUGUAAUGCUGUUGGUAUACCUAAAGAAUACCACAUUCUUCUAGCACACAUUUGGGUUAAAUAAGUUAUGCAGGUUUUGUUUGUAGGGUUUUUUUAUUAUUAUGUACUUUUACUCCCCAGGUUGUAUACUUAGGUCUGUUCUUUUCCUGAGAUUUCUAUUUGUUAACUCUUAUCUCUUUGAUUUCUCUAGUCUUUCUGCUUGUCCUGAAAGGCAAUGCAUGGAUCUUUCUGCCCCAAAAGAACUGCAUGGUCAAGUGUCCAACAUAUAGAAAGGAAGGCUAUGCAACAAACCCUUCCCUUUAUCAGAAGUGCAGAAGUACCUAGCUUAAAAUGCACUUGUCAAUGAAUAGGUAUCUUACUCUUCAGACAACUGUUAUAUUUGAUAAAUGGAAUGAAUAGUGUUAGGAGUACAAAAA